AUGACUGACAUUGACCAUACUUAUGACAAAUCCCUCUCAAAAGCCGAGCAGGGUGAUAAUCAAGAUGACCCCGAUCAAGCCCUUGGUUCUAUGGGGUAUACCUCGGAGCUUCGCCGUAAUCGCUCAAUGUUUACCCUUCUUUUCCAGUCGCUGGCCAUCGCCGCGGUUCCCUUUGGAGAAAGCACGACCUUUAUACAAGUAAUCUACGGUGGAGGUCAGCUCUCAAUAUUCGUCGGCUGGAUUUUGGUCUGCCUUCUAGAUCAGUGUGUGGCUAUGUCACUCGCUGAGCUUGCUUCUCGAUACCCAACCUCUGCUGGUCCAUACUACUGGUCUUUUCAACUAUCUGGCAAACAUUCCAAGCUUGUGUCCUUUGUCACAGCAUGGAUCUGGCUGAUUGGAAAUUGGACUGUGACACUUUCAGUGAACUUCGCAUUCGCGGGACUGCUAGUUGCUACAGUGUCAAUCUUCUCGAAUUGGGAAGCCAAUGACUGGCAGCUGCUUCUUGUCUUCUACGCGAUUUGCAUUUUGGCCUUUGUGAUUUGUGGUUUCGGCAACCGAUUUCUACCCAUGGUGGACACUAUAUGUGCCGGUUGGACUAUAAUGACGAUGAUUGUGAUCAUGAUUGUUAUUUGUGUUCCAGCUAAGGCUGGAAGGCAUGAUGCAGCUACUGCACUAGGCUACUAUGACAGCUCACUGUCGGGUUGGGGGAAGUUCUCAUUCUUCAUCGGCCUACUGCCCCCGGCCUUCAUAUUCUGUGCGAUAGGAAUGAUCACAUCGAUGUCAGAGGAGGUGCUCUCCCCUGCCACUAAAGUACCACGAGCUAUGGCACUGUGUGUACCAGUUGGUGGCAUCACCGGCCUUUUCUAUGUGAUGCCUCUAUGCUUCACUCUCCCAAGUUUGACCGAUAUCCUCAAUGCACCGAGCGGCCAACCUAUACCAUACAUAUUUCACCGCGUUACUGGGACCCGUGAGGGUGCAGUUGGGCUAGUCUCCCUGAUCAUUUUGAUUGGUUUUUUCUGCUCAAUUAGUAUCACCAAUGCGGCAUCUCGCACAACCUGGGCUCUCGCGAGGGACAAGGCUAUUCCCUUAUCGCGGCUAUUUUCCCAUGUUGACGAGCGCUUCCACGUUCCAAUUUGGGCACUAGGUCUAGUGACAGUUGUGCAAAUGUUGCUGGGGUUGAUCAACCUGGGCAGCACGAGUGCCUUUACUGCGUUCGUUUCUGUUGGGGUCAUUGCGCUCGCUGUCACAUAUGCAAUCCCGAUUAGCCUUUCAUUGUUCCAAGAUCGGCGAACUGAGGUGGAGAAGGCGCAGUGGCAUUGUGGUCGAGCUCUCGGUUCAACGCUGAAUAUUAUUUCCCUUACAUGGAUAGCAUUUCAGCUUGUCCUAUUUAGCCUGCCGUCUGUCUUACCAGUUACACCGGUGUCCAUGAACUACGCGUCGGUCGUUUUCAUAGGGCUCACUGCGAUGGCUUUUGUGUGGUAUAUUAUCCACGCGAGAAAAGGUACGUCGUUCUGGAAUUUUCGAGUUGCGGUUUGCUCACUCCAUUCAGUCUACGUAGGUCCACCUGUUUUGGGAGAGAGUGACUAG